UUGUACCAUUUGUAAACUUCUAGAACUCUUCCCCGGCAUGCAUUGCAUGCCCAACAUGGAUGAACUGACGGUGGAGGUCCGUGGCUCCAACGGAGCAUAUUAUAAGGGAUUUGUCAAAGAUGUCCAUGACGAUUCACUCGCUAUUGCCUUUGAGAACAAUUGGCAACCAGAGAGACAAGUUCCCUUUAGUGAUGUUCGGAUGCCACCUCCAGCCGAUGGUAAAAAGGACAUCGGGGAGGGAGAAGAGGUGGAGAUCUUCUCCCGGGCCAAUGAGCAGGAGCCAUGUGGCUGGUGGCUUGCCAAAGUGCGCAUGAUGAAGGGAGAUUUCUAUGUGAUCGAGUAUGCUGCCUGUGACGCCACAUACAAUGAAAUAGUCACAUUUGAACGUCUUCGGCCUGUAAAUAUCAACAAGGCGGUGUCAAAGAGCUCCUUCUUCAAGUGCACAGUCCCAGUUCCCGACGACCUGAAAGCAGCGUGCGAAAGUGAACAAGCGCAUAAAGAUUUCAAAAAGGCAGUGGGAGCUUGUCGGAUUGUCUACUGUUCAGAAACAAGUAGCUUGGUUGUACUGUCCAUAAAUGAAGCCACAGUUAAGCGAGUGUCUUUGCUCAGUGACAUGCACCUGAGGAGCAUUCGUACUAAGCUCAUGCUCAUGUCCCGAAAUGAGGAGGCCACUAAACAUCUGGAGAGUACAAAGCAACUGGCAUCUGGUUUCCAAGAGGAGUUUACAGUCAGAGUGGACCUUAUGGGCCUUGCCAUUGGAAGCCAUGGAAGCAACAUUCAACAAGCCAGAAAACUGCCUGGAGUCACUGCUAUCGAGCUGGAUGAGGGGAGCGGGACGUUCAGAAUUUACGGAGAGAAUGAGGAGGCAGUUAAGAAGGCAAGGAAUUAUCUGGAGUUUCUUGAAGAUUCUGUUCAGAUCCCCAGGAACUUGGUCGGCAAGGUAAUUGGCAAGAAUGGGAAAGUCAUUCAGGAGAUCGUUGACAAGUCUGGAGUGGUGAGAGUUAGGAUUGAAGGGGACAAGGAUGGCACACAGCCACGUCAAGAAACACAGGGAAUGGUCCCGUUUACAUUUGUCGGCACUAAGGAGAAUAUUGGGAAUGUCCAGGUACUUCUGGAGUACCACAUUGCCUACCUGAACGAAGUCGAGCAGCUGCGUAUGGAGAGACUGCAGAUAGAUGAGCAGCUGAGGCAGAUUGGGAUGGGCCACAGGCCUUCAUCUGGCCGCCCAGCAGAAAAGGGCUACACCACAGACGACAGUGUGGCUGCUACCGCCGUACACACCAGCCGCUCCUACACCGGCAGAGGCCGCGGACGCAGGGGCCCCAACUACACCUCCGGCUAUGGCACAAACUCUGAGCAAUCCAAUGCCUCUGAGACUGACUCUGAGCGUAAGGAUGAGCUGAGUGACUGGUCCCUGGCGGGAGAAGAACCGGAGAGGGGGACUCGACCACAGAGAGACAGCAGGAGGAGAGCUGGUCCAGGGAGGGGUAGAGGGCCCAGGGGCCGUGGAGCAGGGAGAGGAGCCCCCAACACCGCUCUGAAGGAUCCUUAUGGCAACCCAUACAGUGUGCUUGACAACACAGAGACAGACCAGACGGCUGACACUGAUGCAAGCGACUCCAACCUCAACACAAACCGCCGCCGCCGCUCCCGCCGCCGCCGGACUGACGAGGACACAACAGUCAUUGAUGGCAUGAGUGAAUCAGAUAACGCUUCCCUCAGUGAGAAUAGCCUUGAUGACUCAAAAGCUAAACCACAACGGCGUAACCGUAGCAGCAGACGCAGUGUCCGCCCACCAGAGGAAAAGCAACCAGUUACAGUGGCAGAUUACAUAUCCCGUGCUGAAUCACAAAGCAGACAGACUAACCAAAAAGAACUGAAAAAUAACAAAAAAGAACUGGGGCAGGUUGAGUGUAUCGCGGAGCACAGCCUAUCUGCAGAAGCAAAUACAAGCAACGGACCCAGCAAUGGAAGAGGUGACGAACCAGGCAGGGCUUCCACAGAACAGGUUGCCAAAGUCACUUACCAAGGGAAUGGUGACCAGCAGCCUGUCCUGAACGGGGUUUCCUAAUCUACGAAUCCACUCAAACUCAUUAAUUGUACUACAUUUUUACAAUAGUUAUUGUACAAGCUUGCCAAAGAUAGUCAUGGACUUCCAGAUUCUCUACUGCACUUUUCAGUUCCCUCAACAUGGGACACAGAGAGAUUUAGCACUGAACCCGAGACAUAAGAGUAUGUUUCAAGUACAUGAUCUGAUGUUGUGCCUUGAGAAUAGAUUCAACAUAGUUAGUUGCCUGGCUGUAGUAAACGUUUUGUCAGUGAUGGCAAAGAUAGGAAGAAUCCAGUUAUCCUAAUAUUUGUUGAGUUAGCUGCUUUUUGUUACAUUUUAAUAUGCAACCACUUCUUCAUACGAGGAAAUGCAGUCUGGAAGAGAGUUUUGCACUGAAUUGUAAUUUAUUUUCCAUAAGAAUAACAUUAGUCUGGAUACUGGUCUGUUAAUGUUCAAUGUCAAUUUUUUUUUAUUUUUUAUCCUGAAUGACACUCCAUAUAGUAGUGAACCUGUAUGCUGAAAUGCACCCACCAGAGGCUGGAAUUAUGGUGGCAGUAACUGGUCUCAUGAAGGAGCUUUAUUUGGUUUAUCAAGUGUACAGUAUUUAAAAAGCUGUUAUUCCUAACACUGGCUGAAGACUGUAUUUUCAUGCAGGUGACAAUUUGGACUACUGAAAGAAAAGUUCCCAGAUGUUGGUUUGGUAAACUACAAUUCUGUUUUUUUAUGCUCAUUCUGGUUUGAUGUGCAAUAUGUUUUGUAUGCCGGUAGUUCUUAAAUAAAACCCGAUCUUCCAUUUAGAUCCAAAA